AUGCUAGACCAAGCCCGUUGCUCUUCUAAGGCGGUGUCGAGGGCCCCAGUGGGACGGGCCUCCUCCCGAGUCAAGCGCUUCAAGCAGAUUUGGGUCCGUAAAGAAGGCCCUCAGCCCAAUCCCCUUCUUUAUUCUUUGUCCAGCCCAUCCACUCCCUCCGAACCCGCCCUUCUGCCUUUAACCCCUUUGCGUGGCCCAUUCACCAAGCCCUUUCCCUUUUUUCAGCCAUCCACCUCCAUACCCUCUCUUAUCAGCUGGUUUAAACCUUCCUUACCCAAUCCUCCCCACCUAACCCUCUCAAUCUUCAACUUCAUUUCGAUCCUUCGCAUUUCCACCUCUUCCUCCAAACCCGACCAGCCACUUCCCUUCACCACUCGUGCUCUCUCCAACUCAGCCCUGUCUCACAUCCAUCCUGAACCUAGGAUUAUUGAUUUGGAUGAUCCCCAAUCUCCCCCUGAUUCUCCUCCUACCUCUUCUCCAUCCCUCUGUCCCGGACCUUCAUCCCCACCUUUCACCAUCCCCAACCAAUCAAUUUCCUUCGUACCAGAGACACCCCAAUCCCCUGCCCAAUCCCUCUCAACCCCACCCUUUACCGAUGGAAAUCUGCCUUCCCCUUCUUGCUGUCUUGUCUCCAACACACCCUUUUGGGACCAGGAGGCUCAUCCCUUCGAUUUAGACACCCUCAGUUCUACCAGCCUUAACCUAGCCAAGUUGUUCUCUCUAGAUCUUGACGAGGGAAAAAGUCACAUGGUCAAAUUGGUAGUCGAUAAAGCCAAGGAAACUCAUCAAAGGAAAACAAGAAGCAGCAGGUCUAAGCUCGAGAUGGAAAGGCAUCGCCUCGGCCCGGCAAUUCCUGGGAUCCUCGAACCACGGCGUAACAAGAGGCGGAGGGGACUUCCUAACGAUAUCGAAGAAUGA